CAAAAGUCAAAUAAUUUUGUUUAAACACUUCUAUCAACAACUCAAUUUUGUCUCUCCCGUUUUCCGAUAAAUUCCUCGACGAAAUGGCAAAAGUGGGAAUCAAUGGAUUCGGCAGAAUAGGCCGUUUGGUAUUGCGAAUCAUCGUAGAAAAGGAGGGAAUAGACUGCCUCUUGGUUAACGACCCAUUUUUGUCCGUCGAGUACAUGAUGUACUUGUUCAAGUACGACUCGAGCCACGGCAAAUUCCAUGGAUGCUGCGGAGUCCAGGACAAUGCCUUGAUGAUCAACGGCCGCAAAAUAGAGGUGAGCUCAGAAAAAGACGGUAGCAAAAUUCCGUGGGGCGAAAAAGGCGUUUACUACGUGAUAGAGGCGUCUGGUGUUAACACCACGAUAGAAAAAUGCCAGGUCCACAUUAAAGGGGGAGCGAAAAAAGUGGUAAUCACUGCACCAUCGGCGGAUGCGCCCAUGUAUGUGGUGGGGGUGAACUGCGAUUCGUAUAAUCCUUGCGACACUGUCGUUUCCAACGCUUCUUGCACCACCAAUUGUUUGGCACCUUUGGCCAAAAUCAUACAUGACAACUUUGAAAUUGUUGAAGGACUGAUGACAACCGUACAUGCCACGACGGCUACUCAAAAAACGGUGGAUGGUCCUUCCGGGAAAGACUGGAGAGGGGGGCGAGGUGCUGGACAGAACAUCAUUCCGUCUUCCACGGGUGCGGCUAAAGCUGUCACCAAAGUUAUUCCGGACUUAAAGGGCAAACUGACUGGUAUGGCUUUCAGAGUGCCCACUCCGAAUGUGUCCGUGGUUGACUUGACUUGCCGCCUGGGCAAAUGUACGAAGUACGAGGACAUAAAGAAGAAAGUUAAAGAAAUGGCGGAUGGACCUUUGAAGGGUAUUGUUGGCUACACUGAAGACGCCGUUGUUUCCUGCGAUUUUAUGACAAGCAGUUAUUCUUGUGUAUUUGACGCAGAAGCUGGAAUAGCGUUGAAUGAUAAUUUCGUCAAAUUGAUUGCGUGGUAUGAUAAUGAGUAUGGAUAUUCGCAUAGAGUUGUUGACCUCAUUUUGAAAAUGGCUAUCAAGGAUAAAUAAAAUGGUUUUACUCGUCACUCCCAAAAAUUAAUUGUACUGUUCUGACAAAUAUUAUAAAAUUUCUGUUAAUACUUAUGAAGAAAUAUCUUAAAUAAAAUUUGUAAAUUCUGA